AGAAGAAGUGAUUAAUCAGUAAAGGUUCCUCAGUAAAAAUUUGAUCUCUAAGUUAACUCACUGAAAAAAAAAAGAUCAGAACCUACACAAAAAUAAGCUAAAUGAAAAGUUCAAAAAGCAUCAUCUCUUCUCAUCGAAUACUAAACGGAUAAACUUAACAAGAAGGACUAUGUCUCAAGAUGAUGAUGAGUCAGUUAUUCCUAGGGAAGUCGAGUUUGAUAUUGAAGAUGAAACUCCUGAUUGGUCUACUCUCUCAGGCUCAGGCAUCCCUAAGAGAGGUGAUAAAGACUUUGAACCUGAUUCGACUGCUAUUCAAUCUCAGAGUCUUCAAUCUGCUCGUGAGGCAAUGUAUGGUGCUAUAUCUGGAAUUAGAGGUCACCAUGUCAAACAAUUGUUGGUUGGGGUAUGGAUAGAGGAUGGCAGUGAAUAUUGUUGUGUAAUUCCUCGUAUAAAGGGUAAUUAUUUCCGUGAUAUUGGGAUUGCAGGCCCUAAUAAUGUAGUCUAUUUAAAUGAGUUAGAGACUGUAUAUUUAGUGGAAAGAGGUUCAAUGGUUAUUUAUCUUGCCAAUGAACUAUUUAUGACAUUUUUAAAAGAAUUCAAAAAGGACGAUGAAUUUGAUUAUGAUACAUUAUACCCAUUAGAUUUGGAAUUUUUGUAUUCUUUGGCAUUCGGACAUGGUAAAUAUGGGAUAGAUGAAUAUCAAAUAUAUUCAUAUUUGAAAAGACAUGGUUACAUGGUCUUGCCAUAUCGUCAAUUUACAACUUCACAGGUGGAUAGAUAUAAUGCAUAUCAAGAUAAGAUUAAUAGUAAUCAAGGGAUAUGGUCAACAAUUACCAAUUGGUUUGGAUGGUUCAAAACUGAAGAAAAAUUUCCAAUUAUUGAUUCUAUGCAUUAUCUUCAGACGCAUUAUUUCAAUUUUACGGAUGUGUUUCAGUCGUUAAGACUUAUCCAAUCAUACGAAACGUUUGAUAGCUUAAAGAGUAAAGAUAGUAAAAUUGAUGAUGAUUUUAAGCUCACUUUUAAUGUUUGGAAACCUGGUAAUUCAACUUUUUCCAAGAAGAAUCCCCCGUUGCCUGAUUUUCAAAUUCUUGUUGUUAAUGCUGAUAAGAAUGGAUUUCCCAAACUAGGGGAUAUUCAAAAGUUAUUAAAUGGCAUAAAUUAUGAAUUCUCAUUUGAAAUCAAAAAUUCAAAUGGAGUUAAAGCAGAAAAGAAAAUUAGGAAGAAGAAUACGAUGGCAACAAGUAAGAAAGAAAUACGGCAAGCACAACGAGAGAAAAGAAUUCAAAGUCAAAGUAUUGACCAACAAACGAGAAAUGAAUAUUUGAAAACUAGAGAUUCAAUUUUCAAGAAUGGAGCCAGUGGUAGAUCAAUCAUUCUUGGAGUAGUUAGUAAUGGAAUUAUUAAUUUUUUUAAUUUAAUUGAAGGAGAUUUCAAUUUGAGAGGUGAAUUAUCAAAAAAUAAAUUAGAAGGUAUUUAUAAGGGUAGAAAUCAUGGGAUUAUAUAUAAUGGAGAUUUAUAGAGUUUAUAUAUAUAAUAAAAGUAAAUCUAUUAUUAAUGUGAAAAUUGGACGAAAAGAUGCAAAAAUGUUCAAAAGAUUUAGAAAAGAUUUACAAUACACACAUAGUUACAAGUUAUUGGAAAGGUAAUGAAUUUGGAUAUAAAUGCUUAUGUUAAUAUCCCAAUAAUAGCAAUAGACUUACUUAACAAUCAUCCGCCAUUGCCUCAAUGUAGUACUCAAACGACUAGAAACAAAACAGCAUUCUAAUUGAUGAUAAUUGAUAGUGGCAGUUUGGAUUUGUGUUAGAGUAUAAACGGCGCAUUCUAAAGAUAAACGCACACAAACAAUUGUUAAAGCUGUGUGUUGUAUACUAUUAGAAAAAUUAGGAAUCUAAGCCUCUUUGUCCACGUAAAAGAAUAUUAAAGAAAGAAUAU